GCGGUUAGACCGAGCAACCCGCAUCGCCAAACGCAUCAAAGCAAAAUUUCGCGCGAAACAGCCAGAGCCUUUCCAGAGCGGCCGUGGUACCCGUGGGUGCCUCAUUUCGUAAACGUUUACAAAAUUCUCUCGUGCAUCCCCGUGCCAAGCAAAGACAUGGGUCUACUGGCGGACUGUGAGCGCAUUUUCGGGUCGACCGACAUAUACAAACUCCUGGACGUACCGAAGGACGCCUCUCCAACCGCCAUCAAAAAGGCCUACCGUCGACUGUCAUUGCUGAUGCACCCAGACCGCGUCAACGCCGUGCAGAAACAAGCUGCCACGCAGAAAUUUCAGGUACUGUCGAAAGUCUACGUACUUCUUUCGGACAGCGAGAAGCGAGCUGUCUACGACGAGACGGGCUGUGUCGACGACGACGAAGACCUGUCCAACAACAAGGAUUGGGAUGCGUAUUGGAGGCUCGUCUUCCCAAACAUCACGGUGGCCGACAUCGACAGGUUCAUGCUGACGUACAGGGGGUCGCCGGAGGAGAUCGAGGAUCUUAAGAAGCGCUACGAGGAACAUGAAGGAGACUUUGAUGCCAUCAGCGAGUGCCUCAUAGGGUACCAGUUCGACGAGGAGGAUCGCUACCGCGAAAUUCUCAACGACCUCAUCGCCAAAGAGGAGAUUGAGGCAUACCCCAAGUUUACAAAAGAGCCAAAGAAGAAGCGGAAUGCACGCCGUGACCGCUUCCUCGCGGAGGCAAAGGAGGUCGCGGACAGCGGCGCGAUGGAAGACCUCGCGAAGGCCCUCAGCAAGCGACAGCGUGCGCGGGAGGAGAGCUUCAACAGCCUCAUUGACAACAUCGAAGCGCGGUACUGCAAACCCAAGAAGAAGAAGGUGACGAAGUGAAGACGCUGUCCGCCCACCUCCCUCGGCUUCCUGACAUUGCAUUCCUCCGUUUUGUUUACGCCCGGGUUUCUACGGUCUGUUCCCGUUUCAUGCAUCAUUGUUGGCGUUGAGGCCGUGAAUAACCUUCGUGUCGUUGCGUGUAACAACAAAGCGUUUUUCUGUAACCUCGUU